CUCUUCCUCUCUGGCCAUGUGCCAAAGGCUCUGUUUUGGCCGUUUCACGGAAGUAAUUCUGGAAGCUCUGACGUGACCAAAUAAUAAUCGCCAUCUUGAGGAAGGAAACGCCUUGAAGAGGAAAGAAUUGAAAACAACUUUUUCCUUCUGACAAAGUUGAAUCCGUCAUCUUCACUAUGGGGAAUUUAUUUGCAAGUCUCUUUAAAGCAUUUGGCAAGAAAGAGAUGAGGAUCCUCAUGGUGGGUCUCGAUGCUGCUGGUAAAACAACUAUCCUGUACAAGUUAAAACUUGGAGAAAUUGUAACUACCAUUCCAACUAUAGGUUUUAACGUUGAGACAGUUGAGUACAAGAACAUAAGUUUUACAGUGUGGGAUGUAGGCGGUCAAGACAAAAUUCGACCGUUGUGGCGUCAUUACUUCCAGAACACACAGGGUCUUAUCUUUGUUGUGGACAGCAAUGACAGAGAGCGUGUGAACGAAGCCCGUGAAGAACUGAUGAGAAUGUUGGCAGAGGAUGAACUACGAGAGGCAGUCUUAUUAGUAUUCGCUAACAAACAGGACCUCCCAAAUGCUAUGAAUGCGGCCGAAAUCACAGACAAGCUGGGACUGCACUCCCUCCGCCAUAGAAACUGGUACAUCCAGGCCACCUGUGCCACCAGCGGAGACGGUCUCUACGAAGGACUGGAUUGGUUGUCUAAUCAGUUAAAAAACCAAAAAUAGGCCUAAUCAUCCGCUGUCCUCCUCAACUCACAUAUACAGUUUUCACACUAUCCUGCCGACCCAAACCGUACAGUGGCUCGCUCGGAUGAUUUCCUUUCACAUUUUCCUUUCCAGCAAGGUUCUAGCAACUGUGGUAGAUGAGAACCAGGCCGAUGCAGUACAGCUCGACUUAGUAGUGUGAAAAGGGUAACACUAUCUUCUCUCUUCCCUUGUGUUUGUACUCUUCUGAUGUUGCAAAUUGAGCUACUUUUGUUAAAACGUACCUACUGGAAAGCUGCCCUCAUUUCUCAUCUCUAGUUACAACAAUACACCAUAUGGGCCAGGGGGGAUAAUAACCCAAUCAGGGUUUCUUAUUUAAUGUAAAUAGUCAAUUUCUGGGGGGGUGUUGAGGCAGCUUAUUGCACACUUACAAAAAUCAACCGUGGUUAUUUCCUCUUGGCUGUUGGGCAGACAUACUCGUGUGUAGUAAAUGGAAAAGGGAGGCAAUUUUUUUAAAUACCAGCUAUCAUGGGACCCCGUGUCUCAACCUAACAUUUAAUGACUGCAUUAUACGUCAGCUGGUAAUUUGUACUGUAAGAAGGAGCGUUUCAUUUUUUUUGGGUGGGGGGGGGGGGUUCUGAAUAAUGCAUAUAUACAGAUGCACUACUUGAAACUAUGGUUUAAUACCUCAAUGCUACAAUAUCCUGCUCUCCCAAAAUACCAUUUUGCAAAACACUGGCAUUAACUAUUACUGUGAGAAUGUUCUUGAGAUGAAGCCUAAAACAGAGCUCUUGGGUUUCAAAGUCGAAAAGUCUUGUCAACACUUACCAGCUUUUUUUGUGUGCCAUAUCAUUUUGAGAAGUGGCUGCCAUGCAGUCUGUUCCUCUGAGUCUCAUCAUUCACCUGUUUUAUGAUGAACAGAGGUGCAGAGGUGUCUGUUCAGCAUUGUUUGUAUGACAGCGGCUUUGGUUAAUAAUCAUGUGUACUGCCUUUGUGGCAAUGAACCUGAAUUUAAUAGCAAAAAAAGUGCAGGAUGUGGUCCAUAUGUUGGUCUUGUUGGCGAGCAACACGUGCAUGUUAGAGAUUCACAGAUUCUGCACAAAUCAACAGAUCUUCACAAUGCCUAGAGAAGCAGAAUUCCUUCCUGCCUAUCCAUUUGCUUUAAUAAUCUCAUAUCCUUUUCAGAAACUAUCUCAAACGCACUUUGAUUGUCAGCGGGACUAGCCAAUUGAUUGUUUACAUUUUUAGUCUGCACAAGCAUUCUAUCGUUACCCCUCCUGUCAACUGCAGGUGCUCAAGGGUUGGGAUGCCUUGAUUUCCUCAACAUCCUCAUCACAAUGACUUAGCGCCACAACAACCCUAUAACUUAAGGUGUAUGCUAUGUGAUGCACUGGUUUGACAAAACAGUUAUAGGCCUACAUUCUGAUGUACUGCAUUAGCCUCCAUUAUGACCUCAAGAUGUUGUUUUCAUGCCUUUUUAUUGAAAAUGAUAAGUAUAUUAAUUGUUUUGGAAUGAGGCAUUUAUCAUGUGUCAGUAGCAAUAAGAAAUCUGUAUGAGCUCCACAUUUUUUAAAUUAGUGCUAGUAUCUUCUCUCCUUUGCAGCUCAUGUUAUCCUUGGCAAGUUCUGAGGUAUACUUUUGUCCUCAUGUCAAAGAAACAUGCUGUUCCAUUACGAACCUUUGAGCUUCUUAUCAAAAGGUUUUGGGUGUUAUUCCACCAGCAGGGCUGGGAUUGAAUUGAAGGCAGUCAAUUCAGGAAGUGAAUUUGAAACUUGAUUGUAAUACACUUUCAAAAUGCUUCUACUCCACAGUUUAAGUCGUUGAAAAUAUAUGCAUUUAUUUAAUUUUGCUUCCUGAAUUGACCCCAGCCCUGUCCACCAGAGUGCUAUGGAAAUGUAUUAGUUUCUUUUAAAGGCGUUGGAUUAAAACAACUUCUCUUGAUUUUAAACUGAUUGCUUGAACCUUUGUUGAAAACAUUGUUAAUCUCUUUACCAAAAUGUCUUAACAGGUAUUUUUUUUAAAUGUAAAGUUUUUUUUUAUUUUUUAGAAAAGCACUAAUUAAAGCAAUUAGAUAAUG